CACGCUCGCGUCUCAGACACGUCUGCGGGCCUAACGUCAGAAGAGAGAAGGGAGAGUCUAGAACAUAUCUGGGGCUUCAAAUGGUACGCUUCAUUCCCGCUUACUGUUCACUAAUAAUAGUACAGAAUGCUAGCAAGGUCACUAACCGAACUGAUCCCAGUCAAUGCUCACUCUGUACCGCUGCCUCAGAUGUCAUCCAGGCCUCGGACGCUCGUCGAGGGGAAAUCCGUUCUUUGCAGGCCAAGGUUCUUCAGCUCGCCCAGAAAGGAGAAUUUCAUAAGGCCGUUGAGGCCGCUGAGAGUCUAUUCGCCCUUGUGGAAGAGGAGGGCCUAACAGAGCUGAUGGGUGGUAUGUACGAGGUUCCAGCUCGCCUCUAUUACCACAUUGGCAACCUUGACAAGGCCCUCGAGUACACACUCAAGGUGACGCACGAGCUCGAUGCUUUUGGCGCAUCUGACGAGGCCGGUCAAGCAAAAAUCGAGAUGCUAAAGGGCGUCAUCCAGAGGCUUGAGCGAGAAAUCAAGGAAAAGGAGAAUCGCGAAGCGCCCCGAAAAGAAAACGGCCGGAACGAAGAUUGAUGAAAACACGGACUCGAUUCUUGGCCUAUGACAGCUUCAACGGCGGCAUUAAUAAUCUUUUGUACCAAUUCUCGUGUACGAUAUU